AUGCCUUCAAAUUCAACCCCAGGCCACGUCGUCUUAAAGUACCGGGGCACUGAACACGACCCCCACAACCAAACAACAACAACAAACACGGCCCCUACCACACAGUUCCGCUCUAAACGCAAGCGCAAUAGUGCUACAGUCAUCAUCUCUGCCUCAGUUUCACCUGCUUCUUCUCCACCUCCACCUUCAGAAAGACCCAAGCGUAGACGAAGAACUGCAGAAUUGGCUGGUCCGGCUGAUGGGUCUUGGACCGAAGACAAUGAUAACGCUAACACCAAACAUUCUGGAAGAAUAAGUACAAUACAGAUUCCUCCUAGUGAGGAAGAAGAAAUACAAGAAGAAAGCCAACUUCAAACAGCAGCCCCAACUCCUUCUUCACAAACACCAGAGCCCAGUGGUUCCCAAGCUACAACAAUAGUGGUACAAGUCCCACCUACUACUACAGGUAAAAAGGGCCGGCCCACUAAAAAACGCAAGGGCCGCAAGCCUGGAUCAAAAAAUUCAAUUGUGGCAGCCAAUGCAACGUCAGGAACAGCAACAGGAACAGCUGCAAACACACCAGUUCCUGAAGAAAAUGAAGAACAGAAUAGAUUAGCAUGUGAGGAGGAACCUGAUUAUGAACGGGUUCGGUAUGAGGAGCAAUCCAAGAGCGAAGAGUACCAAUGGCUGGUCCAGGGUCGGUGGCGCAACAAUGCUGGAUGGUGGGGGGCUAAAUUGAGCAACAAGGGUGAAGAAGAAGAUAAUGUUGAACAAAAAGAACAAGUAAAUGAACAAAAACAAGAACAAGAACAAGAACAAGAUGAAAAGACCACUUCAGUGAUUGGUCCUGCAGCUGUGGUGGCAGAAGCCAUUGAAGAGAUGUUUGCUCAGAGUCUGGGUCAAGAUAGUACAUGGCAAUCGCUGAGUUUACAGGCUGCUGGUGCAUUGUGGGCGAUGCGACGGCGGUGGCAUGAGCUUGAGCGGAUGCGGAAACAGGCGCAAAAGGAACAACGGCGGCAGCGGCAGCGGCAGCAAGAGAAGGAGAAAGAGGAGAAGGAAAUGAAGAAGGAAGAGGAUGACAUUAAAGAAGAAGUUAAGCAUGAGAAGACAGAUGAAGGGGUUGUUGUUGUUGUUGUUGAAGAAAGAGGAGCAGAAGAGGAAGAAGGAGAUGAAGAAAGAGAAGAUGAAGAAGAUGAAGAAGAUGAGGAAGAUGAAGGUGAAGAAGAUGAAGGUGAAGAAGAAAAGCCAGUUGAAGAUAAGAAGAAGAAGAUGGAUUUGGAAAAAGUUGAUGAGACCAAAUCUUGUGAAAGUACUACUAAUACUACCCCCAGGAGAGCUCAACAGCAACAACGUCGUCAAAGCGCUAGUGCGGUUGUGGAGCGAGCAGAUCCAGUGUCGGUUCCCAAACGGCUACGCAGCAGUAGUCUAAGCGGAGGUCUACUUCUUGGUUUGGGUGCAGAAGCGACCGGUCCUGUUUCGGAAGACGCGGUGGAUGAGGCUGGAGGUAGUAGGAGGCUCCGAUUACGACGGCGAGGGGGAUGA